UUAUUACAUCUCUUUCCCUAGUUUCCCCCUAGCUCACCUGCAGUUAAUAAUCUCUCUACUUACAUACCCUAAUACCUAACCUGAAUAAUACUCCUUCGGGUUGUCCGGAGCGAACCAUCUCCCAAUCAUACGACGAGUAGACCCUUAACAUUCGAAUGGUGAUCUACUAACUGGGGUCCCGCGAAAGAAAAACAAUCUCUACCAGACUGCGCAAACAGGCACGCAAUACGUGGACAACACACUCCCUUUCUCCUUUCUCACUUAUACCUAAGCCGUCUGAACGCGUACCUAACCUUACACUCCACUACACAUCAAACAUCAAACUACACCCACGGACGCAGAGUAUAUAUCCCAAGUAGGCGUGAGGAGCUAGAUAUAUCAAUGGCCACCGUAACUGUCUCUCAACCUGCUAUCACUCCUGCGAUACCGGGUCGGAACGACAGCAGUGAUAGUUCUCGUUCCAGCCAGACGAGUACCGAGAAAGUCAAGCUCGCCUCUUCGCUUCAUACGUCAUCGCUACCAAAACAACACAGCAGUCAUGAUGGUCAAGGCCGGGUCGACCGCUCUGUUUCGCCCAAGAGGUGGAAGACAUUCAUCAAGGCCUUCAAGCACAUUCACAACUUGACUCCUAAGGAAGUAGACGAUUUCAUGGCGUCUUAUGAAAUCUACAAUUUGGAUUGGGCCAACGAAGAGGAGAUGGUCAAGGCCUUCGGUCCCAAUUACCAGCAGCGUGUCGGAGAUUGCCUUUGUGCUUACUACUCGGUGCUCAACCAUCUUUGUAGCCUCGGCGAUGUAGAGAAGAUGUACAUCCCACCGCUGAUGGACAAGAAGGCGUCGGUGCUCGACAACCAGCUACUCUACGAGGAGUCUGUCGCGAGGGAUAUCGGAUUGAAACCGGGAAUGAAGGUCUUAGAUCUCGGGUGCGGUCGUGGGCGUGUAGCUGCGCAUAUGACGAGCUUCAGCGGAGCUCAUGUAACUGGUCUAAACAUCGAUGCGAACCAGAUCGCGCAGGCAAGGGAAUGGAACGAUCGGUGCGGUUUCAGCAACGAGUUCGUCGUCCACGACCAAAAUGACUUGCCUUUACCUUUUGCAGACGAAUCAUUCGAUGCUUUCUACGAGAUCCAAGCUCUCAGCUUAUGCAAGGAUCCUUCGGCCUCUUUCAAAGAGAUUUAUCGCGUGCUGAAGCCCGGCGCCAAAUUCUCACUGCUAGAUUGGGUUAGCUUACCGCCGUAUAACCCGGAAGAUCCUGUUCACGCGGGACUCAUGCGUCGCGUGAAGCCUCUGAUCGGCGCUGUCGGCACUCCGACACCGGCAAGUUUCGAGAAGGCCCUCACUGAUGCCGGGUUUACCGUCUCAAGAUCGGAUAACCCCAGUAUAGACGGCCUACAGGCCCCGCUCAUCGACAAAGUCGAUAUUUACUUCCGCUCCGUCAGGCGCGUCAUUCACGGCCUCGUUCGCUUACGCGCUUUACCCCCACAUUUCAAGAUCCUCAUUGACAGAUUAUGUCUUGACGGUCAAGCAUUUGUAAAGAUGGACAACAUGCGAUUAAUUACCACGACAUAUCGGAUCAUUGCGGAAAAGCCGUCGGUAUCAUAAGAUUUGAGAAUAACCUUAGCCUUAGAUUAGAAAAGGGUCAAACGACGUUCUCAAUUUUACAACGCGGGUUUGAGGCGCAGCUAGUUAAUCGGAAGUCGGGAGGAUCCGUCCAUUUCUUGGUAUGGGGGGGCUUCUCCAAACUCGGCGACGUCAUCUCAUCCACACUCCAUCCAUCUGUUCAUCCCAUCCUAUUCUUCUCGACGAGGGGCAGAGGUUAUUUAUAGGCGACUCACACCUCCACCAUCCAUCCUAUCAC